AUGGGAAUCCUGGUUGGUUGUGGUUUCAGUGGCACAAUUCCAGAUGCAAUAGGUUCGCUUAAGCAGCUGCGCAGACACACUGCCAAAAAAGAGGCAAGGACACUUGCACAAGCUGCCCUGUCCCUCAAUUCCAACUGCUUUAGUGGAAAAAUACCACCUUCAAUUGGUAAUUUAUCAAAUCUUUAUUGGCUGGAUUUGGCUGACAAUAAGAUUUCUGGAACUAUCCCCGUCUCUGAUGGAAAGACAAUGGGUUUGGAUAUGCUGCUUAAGGCGAGACAUUUACGCCUUGAUGGGAAUGCAUUGAGUGGACCUGUCCCAUCUAACUUGAACAACCUUACAGAUGUCAACGAGAUGUUCUUGUCAAACAAUCAACUGACAGGCCCCUUGCCUAAUCUUACAGGGAUGAAUCUCUCUUAUGUGGAUAUGAGCAAUAACACUUUUGAUGCGACUGAUUUUCCACUAUGGCUGUCAACCUUAACUUAUUUGACAACAGUGUAUGCUUCUCCCCCUCCCCACUCACUUAAUGCAGAUACUGGCAUGCAUAACACUGGAAAACGUAAUCAAUUUCCUAUUGCUGCACGCAAGCUGCUUGAAAAAAAGAAGAAAGCCUGUUGUCCUGAACUACCUGACCUAAUCACCUCUAACCUUUCCCCUUUCCUUAUGUUCCUUGGAGCUAUCCAUGAAAAGAAAUACCCUAACUUGACCCUAGCAGAGCUCGCUGUUGGUGUGUGA